UACAGAAGAGGAAGCAAUAAAGUUUGCUCAAGAUUUGACAGCUCUCUGUAAUAAAGGAGGAUUCAAGCUCUCCAAGUGGCUCAGUAAUAGUCCUGCAGUUCUGCAAACAGUUUCAGACAACAUCAAAGCAAAGAAAAUGUUGGAAAUGGAUCUGGAGCUUCCAAUGGAACGAGCACUUGGAUUGCAGUGGUGCAUUCAAAGCGACUCCUUUAAAUUCAAAGCUUCACUUCAAGAGCGGUCCCACACAAGAAGAGGAAUACUGUCAGUAGUGAGUUCAUUGUAUGAUCCCUUGGGGUUCCUUGCUCCCUUCAUCAUCACUGCCAAACUGCUUUUACAAGAGCUCUGCAGAAGAAACCUGGGCUGGGAUGAUGCAAUUCACCAUCAUUUUUCUAAGCAAUGGACCGACUGGCUGGAUGACCUGAAGAGGAUCUCAAAGUUUGAAGUGAGUCGUUGCAUUAAACCUAAAAAUUUUUGUCCUGUUACAGCACAACUCCACCAUUUCUCUGAUGCCAGCCAAGUGGGGUAUGGUGCAGUGUCAUAUAUAAGACUGCAAAAUGAGCAUCAUGUACAUCUGGCAUUUCUCCUAGGAAAGGCCAGAGUCGCUCCUCUCAAGCAGACAACCAUUCCUCGACUGGAGCUCACUGCAGCCGUCCUUGCUGUCCGAAUGGACCAACUGCUUCACAGAGAAUUACAUAUUGAACUGGAGACAUCUGUUUUUUGGACUGACAGCACCACUGUCCUAAAAUACAUCUGCAGCGAAGCAAAAAGGUUUCAUACCUUUGUUGCAAACAGAGUGUCCAUCAUCAGAGAAGCUACACAAGGUAACCAGUGGAGAUAUGUGAGUUCCAAAGAUAAUCCAGCAGAUGAAGCAACAAGAGGGAUGAAAGCAGAAAAUUUUUUGGAGCACAGCAAAUGGAUUAAUGGUCCUGAGUUUCUAAUCGAGUCUGAAAACAGAUGGCCCACGCUGGAGGUAAAGUCUGACUUGCUUCCUGCUGAUGAUUCUGAAAUAAAAAAGGAUGUGAUUGUUAAUGCUGUUGUUGAGGAGGCUAAAAGCCCUACCAGUUUUUUCAUCUCCUACUUCUCAUCCUGGAUGAAGCUAAAAACAUCUGUAGCUUGGGUUUUAAAGCUCAAAGAACUCCUCCUUUGGUUGUCUCAGAAAAGAAAAGAGUUUUCUGCCAUAACGCAUCAGUCUACAGAAGAUUCAAACAUUAAAGAGCAAAAGGUGUCACAAAAGAUGCAGCAGUUUAAAACCAUGCUGAAAAUGCAAUGUUUGACAUCCGAAGAUCUAGCUAGAGCAGAGCAUUUCAUUAUUCUCUUUGAGCAGCAUCACAGGUUUGGACCAGAGAUCAGCUCACUUGGAGCCAACAAGACCGUCUCUAAAGACAGCCGGCUGUACAGACUCGAUCCAGUGGUCGAUAAUGGAGUCCUCAGAGUGGGCGGACGUCUCAGAAGAGCUGCUAUGCCAUCUGAAAUUAAGCAUCCGGUCAUCCUAUGUAAAAACAUGCAUGUGGCAACAUUAAUUCUGCGUUACAUUCACUAUCUGCUUGGUCAUGCAGGAAGAAGCCACAUGUUGUCCAGGCUGCGUCGGAGAUACUGGAUAAUCAGUGCAAAUUCUGCUGCCAGAAAGAUCCUGUCUGACUGUGUCACUUGCAGAAGAAAUAGAGGAAAGGUUUUGGAACAAAAAAUGGCCGACCUGCCUCAGGAAAGGGAAAGACAAAAGUGGAUGAGACUGAGAAGAAACAUCUCUCCUGGAGACAUUGUCCUGAUUGCAGAUGCUACAGCACCCAGAGGAUGUUGGCAGAUGGGGAGAGUCCUGGCAGUCAAAGCUGAUGCAGGAGGCCUGGUUCGCUCAGUGCAACUUCAGACCAAAACCAGUGUGUUGGAGAGGCCAGUGACGAAACUCUGUAUGCUCCUGGAGGCAUCUGCAGACUGAAGACAUUCUUAUUCUUCCCAUUCUAUUCUUUCUUUCUUCUCUUAUAGGUUCAUCAUUAUAAAAAUGAAGAACAAAGAAGAAUUAAUAUCUUUGCAUUAAUGUAGGAUAUUAUUGAGGUUGUUGUUAGAAUAGCUCCUUUAGUUAAAGAUGUAAUUGUGAUUUAAUGCACAAUUAGGGGCUGGAGUGUAGGAGCUAUUUACCAAUUUUCAGUUAAAUCUUAGAAUUUAGAUUACAUAGUUUAUUUGUAUUCUUAUUUGUUUAUUUUCUAGUUGAUUUAUAAUUAGAAUUUUUUGUUUAAUUUGUUAUUUAUAAUAGGUUCUUUGGUUAACGGUUCGCUUAAUUGGUUAGUUAAUUUCAGUUUGGGAUGUGGGUGUGUCAUGGUAUAAAUGGGUAGGUCUUAGGUAGCUCAGGGUGCACGUGGGUGGUCAUAAGGUUUUUUACCAGCCAGUCAGCCAGUCAGUCAGGCAAUCAGCCAGUCAGCCAGUCAGUCAGGCAAUCAGUCAGUCAGUCAAUCAGUCAUUUGAAUCUAUAACUUGUUUGCCUGAAUUGGAAUAAAAAGAAUAGAACUGCAUUUUGACUUCUGAUCCUUUUUGAACUGCGUAAACCAGAACCCACCGUGCAUCAGGUGACUAUUGGCGUUUAAUUCACUUUUGCUUUGAUCACUUUUGAGUCUUCAGUUUUUAUUUU